UCCAUCUGGGAACACCAUUGCCGCCUCUACUAACAUGGCUGCUUUUGCUCUUGCUCUUGCAUUGCCAGUGCUUCUCUUGGCCUUGACUGGCUCUUCAAGUGCCGCUUGGUGCGUUUGCAAGGAUGGAAGUGACGCAGUCCUGCAGAAAACCUUGGACUAUGCUUGUGGAGCUGGUGCUGAUUGUAACCCUCUCCAUCAAAACGCGCCUUGUUUCCAACCCAACACAGUAAGGUCUCACUGUAACUAUGCAGUCAAUAGCUAUUUCCAAAAGAAAGGUCAAGCAUCAGGGUCCUGUGACUUUUCAGGAACAGCCGCUGUUGUUACAUCUGACCCCAGCACUAGCGGUUGUGCCUACCCUUCAAGCGCCAGCACUGCAGGCACUACGCCAACCAUGGGCACUACACCAACCAUGGGAGCUACACCAACCAUGGGCACCAGCCCUUCCACUGGAACUCCAUCAACAACCAAUGGCACUCCAUCAACAACCACUGGCACUACUACCACCACCAGUGGUACUACUCCAUAUAGUUCAACGCCUGGAGUAUUAGGAGGGAUUGGCAGUGGUAUGGGACCUUCAGGAUCUGGCAUCAACAAUGAUGAGAGUCAUGGUGGGCUUAAACUUGAGGAUAGUAGUUUGUUCUCUAUAUUCUCAUUGGCCCUCUUCUCUGGCUUGAUAAUGCUUUGGUGGGGUUGAAAAGAUUAUUAAAGUGGUCAUGACUGUGGCCUGGGUAUGAUGGAAAAUAGCUGUAUGUCACUGUAUGAAUGUAAGUGUUAUUUUCUAGGUGUUGAACUUGAAGACUCUAGUUUUUAUUUUUUUUAAAUUUUUCUCCACCUCCACUUCUUGGGUUAAUAAUGAUGAUGAGCUUGUGAUUAAUUAAUUAAUUUAAUAAGAAACU